AUGAAAAUCAGCGAUGUUCUCAAUGAAUCCAUAUUAAACGAAAAUGGGAAGUUGAAAAAAAGCGGAAUAGGGAUGGGCCUAGGGGUAGGAAUCGGCAAAGGGAAGGUAGAAAUGACCAGCAGCGAAAAUGUAAUGGAAGAAUUUGAAAUCAAAAGUAAGAUGAGGAAAGUGUGUUUGGGAAUCCCCACGAAGGAAUUGGAUGUGAAAAAUAUCCUCAGAUUAUUGAAAGAACCCAUUUGUCUCUUUGGAGAAGAUAGCUAUGAUAAAAGAAAAAGACUCAAAAGUGUGCUAAUAACAAAAUAUGAUAAAUUUGUAAAAAAAAAAAAUAUCGACAAUGAGGAGGAAGUGGAAGAAUUUAAAAAUAUCCUGAAAAGAUACUACAUCGAUUUUAGCAAAUUGUAUGAUGUGAAUUCACCAGAAUAUUUAAAAAUAAAUGAAUUGGAAGAACAGUUAGGGACGAAGCGGUUAAAACAACAAAGCAUUGCAGCUAAAGGGAUCACUGUAAGGAGUACCAUCACGGAAAAAUUCUACACAGAAAGUUCGGAAGCACUUAAGACAGCUCGUCUAGAUUUAACCUUAAAAACAUUGCCAAGGAUAUUAUUGCACAAAGAAAUGAUAAAAAAAUUUCAAGAUAAAUUUUCAAAGGAUGAAUUUGAAAGAUAUAUAUCCUUGUAUAUACUCUCAGUUAUAAGGAUACACGUACUGACAUGCUCGGAAGAUGAAACGAUAAAGUUCUUCGACAUCGAAACGCAGGAAGAGCUGUUUUACCAAGAGGGUCACAACACGAAUGUGUAUUCGGCCACGUUUAACCCCUAUGGAAAUUUAUACCUGUCUGGAGAUUCAAAGGGGGGGCUAAUGCUAUGGGACAUAAGAACGGGAAAAAAUAUUGACAAAAAAAAAAUGGUUCAUAAUAACCUCAUCAUGAACAUCAAUUUUAAUCCCUUCUUUCCAAAUAUGUUCUGUACCUGCUCAGCUGAUAAUACGAUAAAGAUAUUUGACUUGAGAAACUUUACCGUUUCGUGUAACAUCCUUGCACACAACAAAAUAGUAACGGACGCAGUUUUCGAGCCAACCUAUGGCAGGUACAUAACGUCCAGUUCCUUCGACACCUUCAUCAAAAUAUGGGACUCCGUGAAUUUCUACUGCACCAAGAUUUUAUACAAUAAUGAUAAUAAGGUGAGAAAUGUUGAUAUCUCUCCGGAUGGGAGUUUCAUAUCCUCCACGUCUUUUGACAGGACGUGGAAGUUGUACAAGAAUACCGAAUUUGCGGAGGAAAACAUUCUUGCUCAUUUUUCUUGA